AUGAAACUUAUAAAAAAUUUGCUAUUGCUUAAUCAAAACAAAUUAUUUAUUCGCUUGUUAAAUUAUCAAUUCAAUGAUAAGAAUGUAAUAGUUACUGAUAAUACUGUCGAAAAUAAUGAGCAAUUAUUUGAUAAUUUCGGUCGACAACAUACAUAUUUGAGAAUAUCGCUCACUGAGCGGUGCAAUUUACGAUGUUUUUAUUGUAUGCCUGAAAAUAGUAUCAAAUUAAAUAAAAAAUCCAAUAUAUUAACAACUGACGAAAUUAUUCGAUUAGUUAAUAUAUUCGCUAUGAAUGGUGUAAAUAAAAUUCGUUUGACUGGUGGUGAACCAACAAUAAGAAAAGAUUUAUUGGAUAUUAUUCGAGCGAUUUCUUCCAUAAAAGGAAUUAAAGAAAUUGGUUUAACGACGAAUGGUAUAUUAAUAGCGAAUAAAUUAAAGGAUUUCGUGAAUGCGGGUUUAAAUAGAAUUAAUAUAAGUUUGGAUACGUUAAAUUCAAAUAAAUUCAUAAUGAUAACUAAACGAAAUGGUUUAAAUAAAGAAAAAAAAAUUAAUAUUUGCAACUCAAAAUUGUUUGCCUAUAGGCUAUGUCUUUUAAGAAAUUUUAUUCGCCAAAGAAAUCGAUUCAGUUUUUAUUUAUCUUUUAAUUUUCAGAAAAUAUAUGUUAGAUUUAUCGAAUAUAUGCCAUUUAAUGGGAAUAAAUUUGAGAAAAAUAAAAUGGUACCAUAUAGCGAAAUGCUGAAAAUAAUUCAAAUGAGGUAUCCAAUGGUGCUAAAAAUAAAAGAUCCACUAAAUAGCACAGCGAAAUCGUAUCAAAUUCAUGGAUUUCAUGGUAAAUUCGGAUUCAUUACAUCAAUGUCUGAACAUUUUUGCGAUACAUGCAAUCGACUUAGAAUAACUGCUGAUGGUAAUCUUAAGGUAUGCUUGCAUGGCAAUGCUGAAAUUUCUUUGAGAGAUCUAAUGAGAUCGGGCGCAGCAGAUUUUGAAGUAAUUUUUGCUGUACGAGAUGCCUUGAAACGUAAAAUGAAGCAACAUGCAGGUACCAUAACUGAUCGCUUCUUUUUACUAAUAUCUAAUCUUUCAAACUUGUCUUAUAUCUUAAAAAUGAGGCUUUUCGGAGUUACGGGUGAAGUAAUGAACAAUUUGAUAAAUAAUAAGAAUAAAAAAGGUGAUGCAAUGCAAAUUGCUAGGAUUGCGGCGAUACAAGCCACUAAAAUGACUUCUAAUUUAAUACCUUUGUGUCAUAAUAUUCCUUUAUCAUCUGUUAAUGUUGAUAUAGAACUUUUAAAGGUUUUAAUAAGAUCGGAAGUUAAGACAAAUUGGAAGACUGGUGUAGAAAUGGAAUCACUAAUGUCCGUUUCGAUCGCUGCUCUUACUAUAUACGAUAUGUGCAAAGAGAUUACGCAUGAUAUUAUUAUUAAAGAUGUUCGUUUAAUAGCGAAAAGUGGUGGAAAAAAUGAUUUUGGCAAUGAAAAUCUCUAA